UCUUUAACCUUUGGAUAUUAUUCUGGAAGGAGGAAGAGGAUAGGUCACUAACCUCAAUCCAUUAUUUAGUUUGAACUUUUUUUCUAUGAAUUCAUAUUUGAAAGUAAAAUUUUAAAUCCCGUUUGUUUUGGAUUGGAUAAGUUUAUCAGAAAUAAUUUUUUCCUAAUCAAUAAUUUUAAAACUUGUGUAUUUUACAGAAAUUCACAGAAUCCGAAUUUCAUGCAGACCUGAAUUGGCUUAUAUUGUUCAACAAACUAAGAAAUGAGAUAACGAUUAAAACAUUGCAGUUGUAGAUGUUUUGUUUUAUACGAUAUCAGUAGAAUAUGUAAGUUUUGUUUUGGAUGAUAUUUGUGAGUACAAUUUUUAACGUCUGUUAUGGUACAGGCCCUAAGCUCUAACCGAUUUUCUAAAAGGGUUUCAAUUCAUUCUUGAUUUUUUUUCAAUUAAUUAAAAAUUUUAUGAAAACCGAAACAAAAUUGCCACACCUAACUAACUUCACGAUAUGGCACUUCUCUGUCACAGUUAUUUUUAGUUCCAGAUGAAAGAAUAUCAAUAAGUGGUGAGAUAGAGUGGUGAAACUAUGAUGAUGUUACGCGCGUCUUGUAUGGCCAUAAGGUGUAUGUCUGGCAAGGCUGCAGUCCCCCGAGUGUGUGUGGUCGGGAGUGGACCUGCAGGAUUCUACGUCACCCAACAUUUGGUCAAGAACAAUGAGCAAUUGGAGGUGGAUAUCUACGAGAGAUUGCCAGUGCCGUUCGGUCUAGUUCGAUAUGGUGUUGCGCCUGACCACCCCGAAGUGAAAAAUGUCAUCAACACCUUCACCAAAACAGCACAGCAUCCCAGAGUCAAAUUCUGCGGAAACGUCUCGCUCGGUGAAGAUCUUACCCUGCGAGAUCUAAAGGAUGCUUACCAUGCUGUUGUACUGACAUACGGAGCCGAAAGAGACAGAGAGCUUGGUUUGGCAGGAGAGUCAUUGGUGAACGUGGUCUCAGCUCGCAGGUUUGUGGGCUGGUACAAUGGUCUACCGGCUGACAGAGACCUGAUGCCGUUGCUAGAUACCGACACUGCUGUAGUCUUGGGCCAGGGGAACGUAGCUAUAGAUGUGGCUAGAAUUCUACUGACACACAUCGAUGUUCUUAAGAAGACAGACAUAACAGCGCAUGCUCUUUCCAUGCUGGCUGCCAGUAGAGUGCAGCGUGUGGUGCUUGUGGGACGGCGUGGGCCACUGCAAGUCGCUUUCACCAUCAAAGAGCUGCGCGAGAUGACGCGACUGCAUGGUGUGACAACUGAAUUUAUUCCAGGACAGAUGGAUGGUGUACAGAUAUACAUCGAUAAGUUGAAAAGACCUAGACGUAGACUGACAGAGUUGCUGCUGCAAACUUCGGCUGCAACGUUUCCACAACAGAAUGAUAAAUCGUUUCAGCUGAUGUUCCUGCGUACUCCCCUAUCAUUCCAAGGAGAACAAAGAGUUUCUGGAGUUCAAUUAGCAGUCAAUACUUUACAAGGAGACAAUCCUGAGAUUCAGACAGCUGUAGCGACUGAUACUAGAGAAACACUGUCCUGCGGCCUUGCACUGCGUAGUAUUGGGUACAAGAGUAUCGCUGCUGAUCCUGAAGUACCAUUUGAUUCCUCGCGUGGUGUAGUCAUACAGGAACCAGGUCUAUAUGCGGCAGGGUGGGUGGCCACUGGACCUGUUGGUGUAAUUCUGUCUACAAUGUCAAAUGCUUUUGAGGUUGCCAACACAGUUAACAAAGACUUGAGCUCUGGAGCUGUGGAUUGUACAAAUUCUAAACCUGGCUCUGUCUACAUUCUUCAGUUGCUGCGUUCUAGAGGUGUACCGACAGUGGAUUUUGCGGGCUGGGAAAGAAUUGACAAGAAGGAGAUUGAACGUGGAAAUGCUGUGGGAAAACCUAGGGAGAAGGUUGUAGACAUCGCUGAAAUGUUGGAAAUUGGAGCAGUGUGAGAGUACAUCUGGGAUUGUAUACAACCAGUUCAAAUGAUUUAAUGGUUACUCUCAGUGAACAGAGAUAAUUUAUCUCAAAAAUGUUCUGGAUACAUAUCAAGAAUUUUACUUUGUGGCCGUAUAAAAGAAAUCAUUAUUAGAUAAAAAUUUUAAACUUUUAAAUAAAGAUUGAACUUUUAUAAGAAUUUUAAUGAAGGUGAAAAACAUUGUUGUGAGAUUCAAGAAGCAGAAUGAAUACUAAAUAACCUUUACUGUGCUAUUAAUGUUUAAAAGUGACCAUUUCAAAAUGUCCAGUUUUUUAUGGGUUUAAAGAAGUCUGUGAUCCUUGAGAAAUAUAGUUUUUCCUCCAACAAAUAUAGUGUUUCAAAGGCCAAGUAUUUCAGUGAAUUUUGAUGAUUGAAAACAAUAUUCUACCAUUUGCUAACAUUCUCUUACUGAGAGGAGUACAUUCAUAUCCCAGUGUGAACGAGAUUUAACGAUCUCAGUACCAUCUAAUCAGUUUAAAAAAGUUCAUAGUCAAUGGUUACCAAUUAACUGUGUUUAGUUCCGACCAAUGUUCAGGAAUAUCAAAUUAUAGUUGUUUCAUAUUUUAGUCAAAAUUUCUUUAUUUUAUCCUACUGAUAUUCCAAAUAAAUAAAAAAAGAUUUUAUAAUGAAUUUGUCAUACUGGGCUCUAGAAAUGCUAUUACAUAAUUUGUUUGUCAUUGAUGCAAAAUCCAUCUCACUCUAGCUAGCAUAUUCAAGUUUUUAAUGUUGUUGUUUUGAUUAAGGAAACUGCAAACUAAACAACAUAUUUUGUUUGCUCCAUUUUGUAUUUCUGCAAGGAAAUGUUUCUUUCAUAACAUAAAAAUGUUAUAGAAAUGUAAAAAUAGAUCACCACAAAACUUCAUGUUAUGCUGUAAAAAGAUCAUAUACAACAGAAAGUAGACCACAAUAUAAAGAAAUGUAGACAGAAUGUUACUGCUACAGAAAAAAAGCUUUAAGAAUUAUUUCUAACUUAAAACAAACUUACAUUUCUUAAGACAUUUUAACUGUGUAUGAUCAGUAUAUUUAUAACACUAUUUUAUAUGUAAAAAUAACAAAUCUGUUAAUAUUGUGAAUCGUCAUGAUUACAAUAUAAGGCAUAGUAGAUAUGUGGAACAAGUUUUACGAAAAGAAAACUUAGUUAAUUGAUGAUACAUUGUUGUUUUAUCUUCCUCUUAAAUACAAAUUAAGCAAAAUUAAUAAAAAAAUUAAAUAUUAUUUAUUAGACUUAUCCUUGUAUUCUUUUAGAGUUUUUCUGUAAAUAUAAAUAACUUUGAAAUAUUCUUAGGUAUUAUUUAUGUAUUAAUCAAGAUGUAUAUAUAUAAUAUAUAUUAUAGCAGUCAAUUUUUGUAAGUUACUUUAUUAAAGUCCACAUGGCCAAUAUCUACCAGUUAGUACCAGUUGUUGUCUUUUAUCUUAUAAAUGUUAUACAAAAUCUUAUAUGUUCGUGUAAUGGGAAUAUAUAAAUUUGAAUAUACUUAAAGUUGAAUACAAUAUGUCUUAAAGCUGAGGAAAGAAACCACUACAAAUGAGCCAAAAUAUGUCUGCCAGUUUUCCUAAAAAGGAAAAAUAGAUGGGCCAGUUUCAGUUAGUUAUCUAGUACUGUUAAUAUUUACAAUUUUUACAUUUCAAACACUAUGAUGUAACAAUGUUUGUUUGGUUCACAUUGCCAGAUAUCAUGAAGUCACGUAAUCAGGAUGCAUGUUCCAUCCUGCAUAUUGUAAUCAUGAAGGAAUAGCCAAUGGUUUCCAAUGCUUUGUAAACUAAGAAAGCUGAGCUUAUUUUUCAAAGGAGAGACCAGUUUCAUUUUUAAUUCUUUCUGCCUGUUUUCUUGGGCCCCAGCCUUGUAGAAGGUCUAAUAAAGCAGAAGGAGGAGAGUUGAUACAUUUGUAGGUAGUCAGUUUUAGUAAAAAAGUGCUCCAGUUAAAGACACAAUUCCAAUCUGUGCUAUCUUUACCACAGUCUCAAAAUCCGAACCUUACGAUUACCUUCAUCUCGUAUAACCACCAUUCACUGGUCUCUUCUUUCCUGAUCCUAGCUAAAAUGUAUGCUGAUCAAAUACUCAUAUCCAAAAUUAUCAGUUGUAAAUUUGUGAGAAAAGUGUAGGAUUUAAUUUUUAUAUUUUUUUUAGCAAAUAUAGGCUGUUCAAAAAAAGACUUCAUGAAUUAAAACUUUUUUAGUGAAUACCUUUUUAUUUACUUAUAAAGUGAUGUUGUUUGCACUUAACAUGUUAUUUACAUUGUUUAUUUAUUGUACAAUACUUGUCACACUAUUGUUGUUCUGUAAUAAAUUAUAUAUUUUUAUAAAUAA